AUGUGGGGCUUUGGGGGAGGCAGGAUCUUCGGGAUCUUCUCCGCUCCCGUCCUGGUGGCCGUGGUGUGUUGCGCCCAGAGUGUGAACGAUCCCGGCAAUAUGUCCUUCGUGAAGGAAACGGUGGAUAAAUUGCUGAAAGGCUACGACAUCCGCCUCCGCCCGGAUUUCGGAGGUCCGCCCGUCUGCGUGGGGAUGAACAUCGACAUCGCCAGCAUCGACAUGGUCUCCGAAGUCAACAUGGAUUACACUUUGACUAUGUAUUUUCAACAGUACUGGAGAGAUAAGAGACUGGCAUAUGCUGGCAUACCUCUCAACCUGACGCUUGAUAAUCGAGUGGCAGAUCAACUCUGGGUGCCUGACACCUACUUCUUAAAUGACAAGAAAUCAUUUGUGCACGGUGUUACUGUGAAGAACCGAAUGAUUCGCCUUCAUCCAGAUGGAACGGUGCUUUAUGGCCUCAGAAUCACAACCACUGCAGCUUGUAUGAUGGACUUGAGAAGAUACCCGCUAGAUGAACAGAACUGUACUCUCGAAAUAGAAAGCUAUGGCUAUACGACUGACGACAUAGAGUUCUACUGGAGAGGUGGAGAUAAUGCAGUCACUGGUGUGGAAAGGAUUGAGCUUCCUCAGUUCUCCAUCGUGGAAUAUAGACUGGUGUCCAAGAAUGUUGUCUUUGCCACUGGUGCCUAUCCAAGACUCUCACUGAGCUUCAGGUUGAAGAGAAAUAUUGGAUACUUUAUUCUUCAAACUUACAUGCCCUCCAUACUGAUUACCAUUUUAUCAUGGGUGUCAUUCUGGAUCAAUUAUGAUGCAUCAGCAGCAAGAGUUGCCCUUGGAAUUACAACUGUGCUGACUAUGACAACAAUCAACACACAUCUGCGAGAGACUUUGCCUAAAAUUCCCUAUGUUAAAGCCAUUGACAUGUAUCUUAUGGGCUGCUUUGUAUUCGUCUUCUUGGCCUUACUUGAAUAUGCCUUUGUCAACUACAUUUUCUUUGGAAAAGGCCCUCAAAGGCAGAAGAAACUUGCGGAAAAAACAGCAAAGGCAAACAACGAUCGCUCAAGGUUCGAAGGCAGCCGGGUGGACACCCAUGGAAACAUUCUGCUAACAUCUCUUGAAAUUCACAAUGAGGUGGCAAGCAACGAGGUCACAACCAGCGUUACGGAUGCCAGAAAUUCAGCGAUAUCCUUUGACAACUCAGGAAUCCAGUACAGAAAACAAAGCUCACAUCGCGAAAGCCUUGGAAGGCGUUCAUCAGACAGAACAGGCUCCCACAGCAAGAGGGGCCAUUUACGAAGAAGGUCUUCACAACUGAAGAUAAAAAUUCCUGAUCUAACAGAUGUGAAUGCCAUUGACAGAUGGUCAAGAAUGGUGUUUCCAUUCACAUUUUCUCUUUUCAACUUAAUUUACUGGCUAUACUAUGUUAACUGAGUGACUGAACUUUUUUAAAGGACUUCAAUUAUAACAAGUGAAGUACUACUUGCCUGCAGAGUUUAUAUAUAUUUAUAUGUAAAAACAUAUAUAUAUAUGAACUUUUACAAUGUAGAGAAUACUCAUGUAUGUGUGAAUACGUACAGCGAAGAAUCGUGUGUAUAUAUGAGCACACACUGGAGAGCAAAAGUAUAUGUAUGCACACAUACGUGUACGCAUUCAUUCUGAGGUUAUGGACAAUGUAACAUAGAAUGCACUUCCGAGGAACUUUUUAAUUUGAAAGGCAGGUGUCGUCCAAAGCAAGCCUUGGGAACGUAAGUGUUGUGUAUUAUCACUUCAAAACUUUGAUGGUCAUAGAAAUUUUCAAACAGCUGUAAUGGUGUAUAAAGUCAGUAUUUAGUAACAUUGUUUGUAAAUGCCACCAUGCACACUAAUCAUAAAGUGAUAGAGUUACACUGGUAAGUUUAAAGUAAGUCAUUUGUAUUGCAGAACCAUGAACAACAAUCUCAUCAAGCCAAACUUGUUUCUCUUUGCUAAAAUUUCUUGGUUUUGUAUGACCUAAGACACUUUUCCCACUCAUUAAUGGGCAUUGUUUUUAAUGGUCUCUUGCUUUCUCUUCUGCAGUAAGCAAGCUGAUCAUAGGAGUAUUGCUGUAGGUCUUUGGAGAUGCAUACGUGUUCAUAAUAUUUCAAACAAGCAUUUUAAAUGUCCAUCAACAGUGAAAAGAAUCUUUUGUAAGUACUGUAAAUGUGCAGCACAUUUUCCUCCCCUUGGACUGGUUCCAGCUGCCAUGUCAUUUUGAAAGAGAACAGCACAUUUUUAGUGUAAAGUAGCUGAGAUUUCAACUACUGUCAACGUGUUCUACAUCUGCUGUAGAUGUAAAGAUUGUUAUUCCAGUGAAAACAUAGAAGAUGUCUCAGGUUAUUUGCUACUUCAACAUGAAACCA